AGUACGGUAUGUGGUAGAAUUUUUUUCCCGUCUUCCAAAUUGUCAACCAUUCUGACGAGGACGGUUCCGUCUCGUCCGUGCGUUGCGCACUGACAUUACGUACAAAAAAAAAAAAAAAGACGCGACAAAAUUCUUAUAUGUAACCAAAAAAAAAAGAAAAAAAAACGGACAUCGGUGUUUUCUCGCUUCAAACAUUCUCGACAAAUCGUUGUCCUCAAACGGGUUUCCGAGAACACAUCGAAGGCACGUUUCGCAAGUGCCGUUUCCGAAGCUGAAUUCAAGUGAGAAAUUUCGGAAGUGAAGCAAUAUUGAGCAAUUAUCGAUUAAAACACCACGUUCCGCACAAGACAGAACGUUUGUGUCUCGAGAUUAACUUGAACUUUGGAACACAACAAAAAUAUUGCAUAUUAUAGUGUAAUCUGCGAAGGAACAAUGAUGGAAGUAGAUCCGCCAGAAUUUUUAUCGAAAGACGAUGAAAUUCAAUAUUGGAUAGAUAUGGUUCAUCAAAUACAUCAAAGGAAAGAAGAUGUUGAACGUGAACUAGAGGAAUUCCAGGAGAGUUCACAGAUGUUAGAGAAAGAGCUUGAGACAUCAUUAGAACAGGCAGAAAAGACAAACAGAGAAUUGAGGCAAAGAAAUGCAAGACUUGCCACAGAGGUUGAACAGCUAAGAAUGCGAUUAGAUCAGCAAUCUACAGAUUGUGCUAUGUUUCAAGGAAAAGCGCAAGAUCUGCAGCAACAGAAGGAACAUUUAUUAAAGUACAUUCGUGAACUUGAACAAAAAAAUGAUGAUUUGGAGAGAGCGCACAGGAUAAAUAAAGUUACGGAAGAAGAAAUAGAAGCUAAGUUUAAUUUAGCUAUAGAAAAGAAUGCGUUACUAGAAUCAGAACUCGAUGAGAAAGAAAGCCUUAAAGCCAAAGUACAAAGACUAAUGGAUGAAGUCAGAGAUUUAAAACAGGAGAUACAAGUGCACGAACGACAUCAUUCGGAUAAUAACAAAUCUACUGAAAGAGUGUGUAAUAACAUUGUUGACAGCAAUAAACUACAGGCUGAAUUGGAAUCAAAUUCACCAGCUAAUCAAAUAGUCACACAACUACCUACAAAUAACACAACAACUUCACCAAUAAAAAUUGGAAACGGAUUGGUUGGGAAUAACAACAACAAUAAUAUGAAUCAAACAUUGCCACCCCGUACUAGAAUAUUAGCAAUGAAUAUGAUCGGUGAUCUAAUGCGAAAAGUUGGGGCGUUAGAGAACAAACUAAACACAUGUAAAAAUGCGUUACGAGAGGAUCAAGCCGUUCGCGAUCUCUACAGACUUAGACGACAAGUCAGAAGCCCAGCCACAGGAAACAACAACCCCAUACGAUUAUAAGCAAAUUGAAGGAUAAUGUUGCAGCUAUUAUGUAUCUGCACAUCAGACAAUUUCAAUGUAAUGUUAGUCAAAAUUUCUUCUCAACAAUUCCGUUAUUAAGUUAUUUAUUAUUAUAAACAUUCGCGAGUAAGAUCAAAAUAUCUGUAUUUAUGGCUUCGAUCAAUUUCUCUAUUUAAUCUACAAGCUUUUUCAAAUGUAAUCAAACUAUGCACGUAACUAUUUGUUAUUCGUGUGAAAUUUUUGAAUAAUGUGGACAGAAAAUUCGCAUAGUCUGGUUUCACCGUUAUAACAUAUAACAGGGUGCCUCAAUAUUUGUCGCAAAGCUGUGUAAUAAAAGUUUUUGUCAUUUUUUUUUUUUUUUUUAAUUUUCAGUAAUAAUUUUUGAAG